AUGUCGGAAUUACCAGCGAUUCGUUGGGGUAUCAUUGCUACGGGCAUGAUCUCUUCUUGGUUCGUGGAGGACCUACUGAUUUCCAGGCCCGAUGCAAAGGUCAAACAUAUCGUGCAGGCCAUUGGAAGCUCAUCGACCGAGAAGGGAAAAGAUUUUGCAAAGAAGUUCUGCCCCUCAAGCAGCCCUUCUAUUUACGGGUCGUAUGGCGAAGUUUAUGGGGACUCGGAUGUGGAUAUUGUCUACAUUGGAACCCCGCAUGCAUUCCACAAACAAAACUGCUUGGAUGCGAUCAAAGCCGGCAAGCCUAUCCUCUGUGAGAAAGCAUUCACGCUGAAUGCCCGUGAUGCGAGGGAGGUUUUCGCCUUCGCGAAAGAAAAGCAGGUGUAUGUUGCAGAGGCCAUGUGGCUACGCCAUCGUCCUCUCGUUCAGGACUUGCAACGCCUCCUUCACAAAGAAAAGAUCAUUGGCGACGUCUUUCGAGUGUAUUCUGAGUUUGGUCUCGAGAUGGACAUUCCCAACCUGCCUGAUGAUUCACGUUACAAACAGCCUUAUUUAGGUGCUGGUUCGCUGCUUGAUCUGGGCAUUUACACUCUGACAUGGGCCAUUCUCGGCCUGGACCCAGGUACUCCGGCAAAUUCUGAAAUGCCCAAAAUAUUUGCUGCUCAAACACACUACGGGGAUGUUGAAGUGACUAGCAGCGUAAUUCUUCAGUAUCCUUCAACUGGUAGGCAAGGAGUAGUCACAUCUACCACGAUGGCAACCGGAAACCCAGAUGUGUUGGCACGCAUCCAAGGGACCAACGGAACGAUCGAAGUCCAGGGUACCGUGCCAUCCGAUCCCGAAGCUUUCACAGUCUAUCCCAAGUUCUGGAGAGAUCAGAAUAAGGGGAUUGUUGGAAGAGACUCUGGCAAGAAGUACGAUUACAAGCCCAUUGGACGAGGUUACUACUGGGAAGCCGAUAAUGCUGCCUUGGAUGUUCUAGCAGGACGCUUAGAAAGCAGUGUUAUGCCGUGGUCGGAAACCAUUCGUGUCAUGGAGAUAAUGGAUGAGAUCCGAAGGCAAGGUGGCACUGUAUAUCCUCAAGAUACAGCAUAA